CUCGCCCUGUCAAUAAUCUCCGCUCCCAGACUACUCCGUUCCUCCGGAUUUCGAUCCCCCUUUUUCUAUCUGUCAAUCAGCGCCGCCUUUGAACUGAAAAGCUCUCAGUCUAACUUCAACUCACUCAAAUCCGAGCGGCACGAGCUCCUCCUGUAUCUUCGGCUUCCCCCCCCUUUGCUCUUUAUAUCUGACUUCUUGUUGUUGUUGGUGUGUUUUUUUUUACCCCCCUUUUUUAUUUAUUAUUUUUUUGCACAUUGAUCGGAUCCUUGGGAACGAGAGAAAAAAGAAAUCCAAACUCACGCGUGCAGAAGAUCUCCCCCCCCUUCCCCUCCCCUCCUCCCUCUUUCCCCUCCCCAGGAGAAAAAGACCCCAAAGCAGAAAAAAAAGUUAACCUUGGACUCGUCUUUUUCUUGCAAUAUUUUUUUUUGGGGGGCAAAACUUUUUGGGGGUAUUUUUUUUUGGCUUUUCUUCCUCCUUCAUUUUUCUUCCAAAAUUGCUGCUGGUGGGUGAAAAAAAUGCCGCAGCUGAACGGCGGUGGAGGAGAUGACCUAGGCGCCAACGACGAACUGAUUUCCUUCAAAGACGAGGGCGAACAGGAGGAGAAGAGCUCCGAAAACUCCUCGGCAGAGAGGGAUUUAGCUGAUGUCAAAUCGUCUCUAGUCAAUGAAUCAGAAACGAAUCAGAACAGUUCCUCCGAUUCCGAGGCGGAAAGACGGCCUCCGCCUCGCUCCGAAAGUUUCCGAGAUAAAUCCCGGGAAAGUUUGGAAGAAGCGGCCAAGAGGCAAGAUGGAGGGCUCUUUAAGGGGCCACCGUAUCCCGGCUACCCCUUCAUCAUGAUCCCCGACCUGACGAGCCCCUACCUCCCCAACGGAUCGCUCUCGCCCACCGCCCGAACCCUCCAUUUUCAGUCCGGGAGCACACAUUACUCUGCGUACAAAACGAUUGAACACCAGAUUGCAAUUCAGUACCUGCAGAUGAAAUGGCCACUGCUUGAUGUCCAGGCAGGGACCCUCCAGAGCAGACAAGCCCUCAAAGAUGCCCGCUCUCCAUCACCGGCACACAUUGUGUCGAACAAAGUGCCAGUUGUGCAGCACCCUCACCAUGUCCACCCUCUCACACCUCUUAUCACGUACAGCAAUGAGCACUUCACCCCGGGAAACCCACCUCCACACUUACCAGCUGACGUAGACCCCAAAACAGGAAUCCCACGGCCUCCGCACCCUCCAGACAUAUCUCCGUAUUACCCACUGUCGCCCGGCACCGUAGGACAAAUCCCCCAUCCGCUAGGAUGGUUAGUACCACAGCAAGGUCAGCCAGUGUACCCAAUCACGACAGGAGGAUUCCGUCACCCCUAUCCCACAGCUCUGACUGUCAACGCUUCCAUGUCCAGGUUCCCUCCCCAUAUGGUCCCACCACAUCAUACUCUACAUACGACCGGCAUCCCCCACCCGGCCAUAGUCACACCAACAGUCAAACAGGAAUCCUCCCAGAGUGACGUCGGCUCACUCCACAGCUCAAAGCAUCAGGACUCCAAAAAGGAAGAAGAAAAGAAGAAGCCCCACAUAAAGAAACCUCUUAAUGCAUUCAUGUUGUAUAUGAAGGAAAUGAGAGCAAAGGUUGUCGCUGAGUGCACGUUGAAAGAAAGCGCAGCCAUCAACCAAAUCCUCGGCCGAAGGUGGCACGCACUCUCUAGAGAAGAACAAGCAAAAUACUACGAACUGGCCCGGAAGGAGCGACAGCUUCACAUGCAGCUGUACCCUGGCUGGUCCGCACGGGAUAACUAUGGGAAGAAAAAGAAGAGGAAAAGGGACAAGCAGCCCGGAGAGACCAAUGAUGCAAAUACUCCAAAGAAGUGUCGGGCACUGUUCGGGCUUGACCGACAGACUUUAUGGUGCAAACCGUGCAGGAGAAAAAAAAAGUGCGUUCGCUACAUACAAGGUGAAGGCAGCUGCCUCAGUCCACCCUCUUCAGAUGGAAGCUUACUAGACUCGCCUCCUCCCUCCCCCAACCUGCUAGGAUCCCCUCCCCAAGACGCCAAGUCACAGACUGAGCAGACCCAGCCUCUCUCGCUGUCCCUGAAACCCGACCCCCUGGCCCACCUUUCCAUGAUGCCUCCGCCGCCCGCCCUCCUGCUUGCCGAGGCUGCCCAUGGCAAGGCCCCUGCCCUCUGUCCCAACGGGGCCCUGGACCUGCCUCCCGCCGCUUUGCAGCCGCCCAUCAUGCCCUCCUCAUCUAUUGCACAACCGUCAACAUCUUCCUUACAUUCCCACAACUCUCUGGCCGGGACCCAACCCCAGCCACUCUCCCUCGUAACCAAGUCUUUAGAAUAGCUUUGGCUUCGUUAGCCCAGAUGGUUUGUGUAGUGUUUCGUUUUGCUUUUCUUUAUCCCCCCUACCCCCAACCCUUGAAAGAUUUUGUUUUGUACUCUUUUAAUUUUGUGCCACGUGGCUACAUUAGUUAAUGUUUAUCAAGUUCAUUGGUCAAUAUUUGACCCAUUCUUAUUUCAAUUUCUCCUUUUAAAUAUGUAGAUGAGAGAAGAACCUCAUGAUUCUACCAAAAUUUUUAUCAACAGCUGUUUAAAGUCUUUGUAGCGUUUAAAAAAUAUAUAUAUAUACAUAACUGUUAUGUAGUUCGGAUAGCUUAGUUUUAAAAGACUGAUUAAAAAACAAAAAGGAAAAAAAAGAAGCAAUUUUGAAGCAGCCCUCCAGAAGGAGUUGGUUCUGUAUUAUUUGUAUUAAAUACGAGCUUGCGAACCAAUCAUUUUACAUCUGGUUUUGAAACCAUAAGGGCACGACGAAUGCAGUGCCGUUACUUUUUUUUUUCUGUGUGAAACAACUUUUAUUGUGAUGUUACUUGUUAUUGUUUAAAUGUACAGAAACAAAGGGUUAAAAUGUGUUAAUAUACCUUGUUCCAUGGUGUUGUUCUUUUGGGGGGAGGGGGUGCUACUCAACAAUGAAUGGAAUCACAACGCUGUUGGACCAGUAGUAUUUAUUGCUUUAGAGAUUGCUCGUCGAACCUGUAUGUCGUCCCUUUUAAAAUAUGUUUUCAUUUUUCUUGAAACUGUAUAAAGUUUUUUUCCCCCUUAGCAUCAGCAUCUUAUAUAUAACAACUCAUUUGUACAAGGUUUUUAAGUUUAUAUAUAAAAAUGUGUAUAUAUAUAUUUUUUGUUGCCCUUUUUAACCUUUUUUCUGUAUGAAACCCAGAUACCGCCAAAUGGACAUGAAUAGUUGCAUUAAAGGAUCAGUAGCAUUAACAAAAGUUGCUUUAAAAGCCAUUAUGUAACACAAGACUUGAAAAUUAGUGAGGGAAUUUUAGCAACGCUGUGUAAGCAACAGUGGGAACCAUCCUGUUUCCCGUUUAAACUCACAGUUGAAUGUCCUGCACCCUUAGGACAUGGCCUGACUGUGCAAAACUUUAUGUGCCAAAAUCCUCAGUGACUUUAGCUUUCUCCCUCUUUUUGAUGCUGUAUUUUUGUUCAUCAUGUUUUGCUGUGAUGUUACAUAGGUAGAUUUGUAUGUAGUUUUAAUGUCACCUAUAACAAGAUGUGUUUGGUAGCAGAUUGUCCAGAAAGCAUUUUAAAUGAAGAGGUAUAAACCCUUAAGGGCCAAAAUUCUGUAUAUUAGAUUACUCUUAAAGGAUAAACCAGCUGCCGCUUUUAUGUAUACGUAUGACAUACAAGUAGGUAGCACACUUUAAAAAUAAUAAAAACCUAGGCAUGUUGAUGUUGCAAAAUGCUGUAUAAAGCUGACACCUGUUCAUUCAGUGCCAUUGUAGUUGACAUGAAGCGAUUGUAAACCUGUCUCCGAUUUUUCUCUGGUUUAUUAAAAUGCUAACUAUAACA